CUGGUGCCCUCUGCCCAUAGACUUAAUACUGACUCUUCCUCUCUUUUUUUUUUUUCCUUCCCAUCCCCCACUCGGUUUGAAUGCCGAUGUCACCAGCAGCUCCGUUUACGGAGCCGAAAGUGCAGAAGCAAAAGCGCAGGAAAUCCGUCCGUGUAACAAAAGCGCAGGCGGCCUGUGAGACGCGUUAAGGCUCUGAGAGACAAACACCGACCUUCAGCUCCGUCUCGAUUUGCACUUGCUUUUCCGCUCCACCUACAUUUGCCCGAUCAGAACAUGGCAAGCGGGCAUCCCAUUGACUCAUUUGCUUUCAUGUACAGACCCGAAAGCUCUCAGAACUCAAAGAGUAAGCUUCGACCGUCUUCAGGCAUGAACCCUGUUUAUAGUCCAGUGCAGCCGGGCACGGCGUACGGAAACCCCAAGACCAUGACAUACCCAGGCUAUCCUGCAGGUUAUUCAACCACAGCUCCAGCAUACACACCUAAUAUCUACCAGACAGGCACUCCAGGCUACCCUCCAGGAUACACAACAGGAACUCCCUACAAGGUGCCCCCGGCACAGACGAACGGAGCCCCUCCACCGUACUCGGCGUCCCCGAGCCCCUACUCCACAGCCAUGUAUCCCAUCAGAAGUGCCUACCCUCAACAAAACCUCUAUGCUCAGGGAGCGUAUUAUUCCCAGCCGGUGUUUGCGCAGCCGCAUGUAAUCCAUCACACCACUGUGGUGCAGCCCAACAGCCUGCCGUCUGCCAUCUACCCAGCGCAGGUGAGCGCUGCCCGGCCUAACAGCGUACCUGUGGGCAUGCUGAGCGGCUCCACCAUGGCCAUGUCUGCAGGACCUCUGCUCACCACACCACAGCACACACAACACAUCGGCACUCACCCGGUCACCGUGCCGACGUACAGGCCGCAGGGGUACAGCUACGUACCUCCGCACUGGUAGAGCUGCCAGCCAACUGCAUAUCUGGAGUUCACAUUGUUCACAUUUCCAGUCUUCGUGGACACAGCCUCCAGCACCGGGCCACCGAGUCCUUCUGCGAGUACAAAUACUGAACGAGCAACGGUCACUUUAUGUGUUCUUGGCGAUUUCGUUACAGCUGCUCACUUGAUCGAAAUUUGUUCAGUUUUUGUGUUACGUUAGAAAUCCCUGACCAACACCUACCAGCAGUUUAAAACACAAACGGAAAAUUCACUACACCGAGCAGCAGCGAAGGUUUUGCUGCUCUUAACACUGGGUCCUGUGCUACACUAGAAUUUUCUCUAACAGUUUGAAUGUACACAUUUGCAUAUUACACUAUAAAACAUUUAGGUUUGUGUUCAGGGUUCUAUUCUUUUUUUUUUUUUUCCCCCCCAUUUCGGCUCGUGAAAAGGGUCAAUUCUUUGUCAGAAUUUGCCUUUGAGAAAAGCUGGACAUCGUCCAUCUCCCAGCACGUAACUAGGGUCUUCCUGCUUAUGCUACUUUGCAGAAUUUGGGGGCUCUUAGUGAAUCUUUUUCAUCUGGUAGAUGGUACUGUCAUUCUAGUAGAUACACAAUUCUUAGAAAACAUUUCAGCGGUCUAACCAGCCGUAGAGGAAAUUGAAGUGGGUUAGCCUGCUUUAGCGAGUUGUUUAAUCAGUUCAACAGAUUUAGUGAAAGAUUCAGAAGCGACACUCUAGUUUGCAACAUCUGAAUUUAAGUGGACAUUGAAGUGGGUUAACCAGCUUUUAGGUGGCCUAUUAACCAGAUUUAUUGGACACUUUCUUAAGGGAAGUCAGGUUUACUGAAGUGGGUUUAAUAGACACUUAAAAAGCUUAAACGCUUAUUUUGUUGAACGAAUCAACUUCAAGCGAGUUAGCCAGUUUUAAUGCUCACUUCAGUUAACUAACCAACUAUUAGAGGACAUUUUAACAUGUGAGUCGUCUUAAGUGGACACUUUAAGUGCGUUAACCGGUUUAAUUCUGAUAAUUAACCAUAUUUAAGGGGACAUGUCCAUGGCCAUCAUCUAAAAUGACAAUUGAAAUGGGUUAGCCAGUUUUAUUUAGUAUUUUAGUUAGCUAGCUAGAUUUAUAGAAACUUUUAAUUGGCUCAUCAUCGUUCCCGGGCAUUUCAAACGGGUUAGUCGAUAUUUCAGGAGGUCAUCUGGCUUUAGUGGACAUUUUGGUGGGUUAACCAGUUUCUCUGGACAUUUCAAGGGGAGGGCUGAGGGUAAAACUUUUUUAGUGGACAUUUCAUUCACCCAGCUUUAGUGCACAUGUUGAGUUUUCAUGGACAUGUCUGUAGGUUAUCCGCCAUCUUAUCUCACGAAGCUGUGAAACAAUGUUGAUAUAUUAUUCAUGCAGUAUGUAAAACGUGAACAAAAUUGAGCAAAAGGCCUGCUGUAUUAGGCUUUACAUGCACAUGCUUAUUGAAUAUACACUCAGUCGUGUGCGUAUGCAGAAACCGUAGAAGAGAACCAAUAAGACAAGAGCAAUGCAACUGGUGGCUUUAUUAGGAGGCUUUGAGAUGUAAUGAAGUGUGAAAAGGAAGGUUUGAGGCCCUGCUCAUUUGAACUUUACACCAAUUUCUACUCAGACCACUUGUCGGGCUCUAAAAGACUUGUUUGGAUUUGGUUUUAUUCUGUACGUGCUUAGAUUGUUAGAUCGAAGCAAACAGAACCAGUGUAUGAUUUCUGGCACUUUGUGUACCAAUCACGCUAAAAUCAGACCAAAUUAAAGCACCGGCUUUGGACGCUGCGAUUCCGAGUGUGGUUUGCAAUAAAGUUCAGACAUCCGCAUGGUUUUCAUGCUCCUGUGUGAUGGACUUGUUACUAGGCAGCUCAGAGGGAAGCGAAACACUCUCCCUGCUUUUUUCUAUUGUUUGUAAAACACCCUUGACAUUUUUCUCUUCACUAAAACGCACAAGCGGUCACUUGCAGCUCAAGGCAAAGACACAACCUUAGGAGCUAAACAAAUCUAGUUCAGCAUAUCAUAGCUACUUAUCGUGCUAAUUAAGAUGCUGAAUAAUGACCUAGUGCAUUGUGGGUAAGUUCUGCAGUUCUACAAUGUACAGCGAUCGAGGGUGUGUUAAAAACAGUCGUAAAGCAGGAGGUGGGUUUCUGCAUCUCCCUACAUCUCUCCAUCUCUCUUUUCAUGCAUGCUUAGUUGUCUUAGAUUUGGAGCAGGCCAUAGUCUCGAAGUAGCGCUAAAAGGCGGAAAUAAGUCUGUGUUUGAUCAUGCAUUAGGUUCUCAUGCGUGGGAAUAAAAGAAUAGCUAGUCUAAGCAAGAUUUCAUUGCUCAAGGAACUCAUAAUGAACGUAUAUAACAUUCAGUAAGGAAUAUUGCACUCUUCAAAAGUAAUAAUCUAUGCUUGUAGUCGGUACAGUACUUAAUCUUAAAUAAACAGCGCAUUUAUUGUACAUUUCAAUUGUGGUACUCUAGUCUUCCAGAGGAAAAAAAAAAUACACUGAAGAGAUCCAUGCAAAAUAUAUAUCAUUGCAGUAUUCUUCCAUAUUUUAACCACUUUAUUAAAAAAAAAAAAAAAAGUAUGUGUUUUAUUAAAAAGAGACAAAAUGGAAUUUGCAGGCUGUCUUUCAAAUGGUCACGCUAGUCUAGAGUUGUGUGUUUGUCUAGGGGAGAUCGUCGCCCUGGGUUGUGCCGUGUUGGUCCGUGCGUAUGGUGAGAUUUGCAGCAUCCUCUGUGUCCUCGUAAUUGUCGGUUUUAUGCAGUUAAACAUCAUAAAAUAACCCAAAUUAUAUAUUUGACAGCAGAAGCAUGCUCUUUAGGCUUCCAUAGGCGUUUGGCUUAAAACCCUGAAUGUCUUUCAAAGUAAAGGCUGUUUUCUUUCGUCUCUAAGGGCGACUUCGUGUUCCGAUUGUUCACAUCGCAGCCAAUCAGGAUGCACCGUUUUGUUUUUGUGUUUUUCUCGGGAUAUAAGUUGUCACUGAAACGGUUUCUAUGAAGCUUGUAUUAAUAACGUGAUCAGAAUUAGGUUUUUUUUUAGCUAUUUGGCUAACGUAAAUGCCAUUAUUCAUCUUUAAGUAACUGUGUUUGAAGUCUUUUAGCCGAGAAAAGCUAGAAAAAAGCUUUUGGCUAGGAGCUUAUGAGGCUGAGACUACGGCAUAGGAUUAAGGUGAUUAAUGGCGUUUCUGUUAUGUUAAUAACUUAAUAAUAAUUUUGUUAUUACUAUAACGGGCACAAGCGUUAUGAAUUCAGCUCCAUAGAAAAGUCUACUUUUAUUCGCUGCAUUACAUUUUGGUGAUGGAUCAGGAAAUCCAUGACUCAUCCCGGGUUCAUUGCAGCGCUUCAUCUUGACGCCGUUCUGCACGACGUCCACAAACGGAACAAAUACAAAUAAUAAUUAUAAGCGAAAUCACGUGUACGCAGCUAAACAUUUGAAGCUAUGCACUGGUAGAUUAUUUGUGACUGACACCGUAGUAAAACCCUCCACGUAACACUUUUUCCACACAUGGCUCAUUGAUCCUGUAGCGAAAAGCAAGCACCAAUGCAUGGGCGCUAGGAACAGACCUGUGAACACUGACAAGUGCGAAGUAUGCGAUGUACAUAUCCGAAUAUUAUACAGAGAAUAGGUAUUUUGAGUAUUUGAGCACUAGAAUGUAUUUUCAAAUACAUGUAUUUUCUCAAAGACUUAAGUACUUAGGUAUUUUUUUUCCACCCAGGUCUGUUGUAAAGAGUGAGAUCAUUUUCCAUUCCUCGUUUCAACGUUAUUUUUCUUUACAUAUCAAGUCGUAACGUUUCUCUUUUUUUUUUACUUGUAAGUUCAGUGUGAUGACAGUUUUUUUUUUAAUCUACAUACCUUACAUUCCACUUUGCUUCAACACUACAAAACACUUCAGGGUUUAUUUUGUCUUUAUCUUGGGAAACUGCUAGUAUCAUUUUAAAGUGGACUUGCUCAGAGGGACACUCUCAGGCUGGGUAGUCCUUUGAAAACCGUGUCGAAAUACAUAGGAGAAAUUCUCAGAUUCUGCUGGCAAAAUUUUUCAAGGUUUGCAAAUAAUAAUAAAAACCUUUGUAUCAUUUAGGUGUUUAUUCCCGAACAGAUACGUCACCUCAUAACUAUAAGAGACCACUUCUUGAGCUGGUUAGGUUUUAUUUUCUUUGGGUAACAUUAUUUAAGGUGCAUUACUGGUCCAUAAAGACCACCGUUGUACCUUUUGAAUGUACAUAUACAUUAAAUACAACAGCGUCCAUCUGUCCUUGUACAACAACAAAGGAACAGUUGCAUCCUGUUUUUUAAAAAAAAAUGCCCUUUUCCCCCUUCAACUCUAUGCUCUGUAAAAGGAGCAGUUUUUAACUGUAACCCAUAUGUUGAUAAAUUAUGGGGUAAAAGUCAUUUGAAUUGUUUUUGACAGUAAGUCUUGUGGUUAUUUUGGUUAUUGUUAGCCUUUACUUUUCCUGCAUAUUGUAAUUUGGGCAAGGACAAUGAAACAACAUCAAAAUAUUUUCUUUUCCCAAAAGUGUAUGGCAAUAUUAAUGUAGCCCAUUUGUAAAAUGACUAGAGACAUUUCUCUCACUUGAGAAACAUCCUCGGCUGUAUGACAUAAACAGGUACAUAUUAUGGUUUGUGAGUAAUAAGAAGUCGUCUAAACGAGUAGUACCGUAUAGUGGCAUACAUUUUGCCCUAGAGAAUAUUUUCCACUCCUCGUGUCCACCUGAGUUUCGCAGAUCUUGUACAAGCACUUCAUUACGGAUACCGAUCGAAGGUAUAAACAUGGGCUGACGCAUCGUCUUCCGAAAAAUGUAGUUUUCAUUACGAGUUUUGGUUUCAUGGAACAUUGGUUUAAAAACCAAUAAGCAGCAUACUUCAGUUUUUCUCAGCGCUUUUCUGUCUUUUACAUACGUUGCAAUAGGUAUUUACAUCAGGUUUGUGUAAAAGUCCAAUUCUGUUGUUUUAUGUUGUAAUGAGGAUCUGUUUGCUGAUCUUGGUGAAUCAAAAACCAGGGUUGUAAUUGUAUUAUAUUUGCUGUACAUGUAAAAUGUAGACCAUUCAAUAACUAUUAAACUCUUUCAAAAACAAAA